GUGUACAUUCCCAUCGGCCAUUGCGGCCAUUGACCAAUGUCGGCAUCAGAAAGGAGCGACGGUGCUGAUCAAAGUGAAAAUAAAACGCCACCAUGCCAAACGAUUCAUCGAUAUUGACUAGGAAGGCAUAAUACAACAAGAGACGAUGUGUCAUCGGCUCGGAGAUGUUAUGAAACUGUGCUGCGAGUUAUCUGCUGAUCAGCAGAUUCAGACCACGGUGAAGGGGUCUGGAAAGGGGGCAGCUGCAGCCGGAGGCUUGGCCUUCGCCGGAGGCCUGGUCGGGGGUCCUCUCGGAAUCGCGGUGGGUGGGGCUGUCGGAGGCCUGCUGGGCUGCUGGCUGACCAGCGGCCAGUUCAAACCUCUGCCGCAGGUCAUCAUGGAGCUGAGUCCCCAGCAGCAGCAAAAGCUCUACGCCGAUAUGGUCGCCAUCCUCGGGGGCGUUCAUUGGACUGAUGUGGCCCAGCUCACGGCUCUUGUGAUGAGCAACAGCGGCCUGAAGCAGCAACUCACAGCUGCCCUUCUUGGCUAUAUCACCAAGGAGCUUCAGGCAAACGUGCAUUAUGUGGAUUAGUGUCUGCGGGUCCACUGCAUAUUGGGACUGGAAAAUAGUAUUGUGGCGUUGGACGGAUUGACAAAUGUUUUUACUUUAAAAACCUCUAAAGGCUUAGUUGGCCACAUGCGUAUAUAUUUUAUCUAGCACUGGUCAUUUAUGUGAUUUCCACUUUAAGUAAAUACUGGAUUCAACAUCCGAGAAAUUGUGGCUGGCGUGUGAAUGCUUCUGUAUAUUUAUUUGUAUUUAUUAUGGAUCAUUUUGACUAUCUUUAUAAGAGGAAAGGUGUGUUCAAAUAAGGCAAUUUACUGUCUCGCAAUUUACUAUAGGAUAGACUUUAUCUCACAAUGGGGAAAUAUUGUGGUUGCAGUGCAGAUUUUAAUUACA